AACACGACUGCGCAUGCGCCGUUCAGCCUUCACACUCUUCCCCACCAAGGAUUAGAAAGCAGAAGAUGAGGGUGCUGUGUGUGUUUGCUGUGAUUGCCUCGCUGGCUCUGGCGGCGAUGGGGGAGGAAGGAGCUCGCCUGCUCACCUCCAAGUCCUUACUAAAUCGGUACGCCGUGGAGGGCCGAGACCUCACGCUGCAGUACAACAUCUACAAUGUGGGCACCAGUGCUGCACUGGAAGUGGAGCUCUCCGAUGACUCGUUCCCUCCUGAGGAUUUUGGCAUCGUCUCCGGGAUGCUUAACGUGAAGUGGGAUCGCAUCGCACCUGCCAGUAAUGUGUCUCAUACAGUGGUUCUGCGUCCACUGAAGGCUGGCUACUUCAACUUCACCUCCGCCACAGUCAGCUACUUGGCGCAAGAAGGAGGGCAGGUUGUGGUCGGCUACACCAGCGCUCCUGGUCAAGGAGGCAUUCUGGCCCAGAGGGAGUUUGAUAGACGCUUUUCUCCACAUUAUCUGGACUGGGCUGCUUUUGGUGUGAUGACUCUGCCCUCCAUUGGCAUCCCGCUGCUCCUCUGGUACUCCAGCAAGAGGAAAUACGACUCUCCCAAGACCAAGAAGAACUAAUGGAGAAGUGUAGGGUUAAGGCAUUAAAAGGGGGUCAAGGAUGGGGUAGGAAUGUAUGUGUGAGGUUUUUGAUAAUUUUAUCACCCAUAUUGGGGGUAACAUGACCAAGGAUGCAAGUUUGGACUGGUCUAAUGGGAUGACCCUAUUUCCCUUUUUUUUUUUUUUUUUUUUUCUUCUCCCUCCUCCACCCGUGUGGAAGUAUGACUGAAGACAUAUUUCCUUCUUCAUAACUCAUCAGUUGCUGUUUUUAUUUUUUAUUUGUGUUUAAAGACAAAUUGGGUCCUUACUGUCUUUGGCUGCUUGAAGAUCUACAGUGGAAAAAAAAUUAAAGUUGGUUUUUACAAAAAAAAUGGACUUUUUUUUUCCCUUUCAGUGACAAUUUCAGAACAGCUUUGCUUUAAAGUAAAUUGUUACAAACCAGUAUGAGAUUAAAUACUGUAAAGAGGAGUUCCACUGUCCUACAAUCACCCCAUGAUUCCUGAUUUUAUUCAUUGCUGUUUCGAAAUAGCCAAAGGUACGGGUAGGUCUGUCUGAGUGGAUCAUGAGCUCAUUUUGUCAUAGCUCGAUAACUCUCUCUCUCUCUCUCUGGCAUAAUCGCUGCAGUGAUGUUGCUGCUCUGGCGGCUUUUACCAGCCAUUAAAGUCUCUAGAGAAGAA